GCGCAUUGAUGCAGUAAUUGCUAUUUCGGUACGGUGUGUGUUGUGUGGAUCUGAGCGGGAGAGGAGAAGAGGUUGAAGUAGGAAACCGCGCUCGCGUUUGUUCAGCAGACGCUCCGCUGUCAGAAUAACCUCGGCAGAGCGACGUCCUGAAUACAUAUCGCCUCCUCCGAGUUCAGCUUCUCAAACAAUGUCUGCCCCCAUUUUCUUUUUUAGAAUCGAUCAUUUUUUUGUUUUUAUUUAUUCCUGGCGUGUCAGAGGAGCUCUUAUUAUCAAAGAAGCCUUUGUUUGUGUGUGUGUGUGUGUGUGUGUGUGUGUGUGUGUGUGUGUGUGUGUGUGUGUGUGUGUGUGUGUGUGUGUGUGUGUGUGUGUGUGUGUGUGUGUGUGUGUGUGUGUGUGUGUGUGUGUGUGUGUGUGCGCGCGGCCCCGUUUUGACACAGCGCUACUUUUAGCACUUGCUCGUGUGCGGCGGGUGUGUGAGGCUUCGAGGCAGGGCGUGUCACGUGACCUCUGAACGUGGCGUCCGUACGUCCCGGCUCGUGAGCGGCGUUCGCUUUCUAAAUUAUCGUUUCUUUUUCUGUUUUUGUAUCGUUAUUUUUUUUAAAUGUUAAUAUUAAUAUUAUGAAAUAUGCAAUUAUGUACAUACUAUAGCUUGGCGGAUAUUUGUAAUGUUUUGUUUGUUUUUUAUAUAUGUGUUUUGUGACUGUAAUGAAAGGCUUAUGGUUUUGUUUUCUAUACGAGGCUUUUGUCAGAUGCUUGUAUUUAUCAAAGGAAAUAUUUCUUACACAUUUUUCAAUGAUAAAAUAAUCUGCAAAAAAAACAUCUUCUCCUUGUCUGUUAUUUAACAUGAGUUUUUCAUAACCAGUGGUUAAGAGUGGAGCAAGUCUAAGUAGGUUGUUUUACAAUUAACCAUCAUACUUUAUUGUGUAGCCUACAAUGAACAGGUAACAUAGAAACGAGUACCAAAGAUCUACAAAUAUAACCCACAACAUGACCUACAUAAACAACUUAAUGUACCGGUACAUUGAGAUUAAUGUAGGUAGCAAUUAUGAAUCCCUGCUACGAGGUUAGUCUAAUAAUGACUAACCAUUCAGUGUUCUAAGAAGAGACAUCAGGGAACUAUUAAAAUAACCUAUCAUUUACUAAAUCAAGGCUCCACAUUAUUGCACACGAUAGUAUUACAAAAUGCUCUGUUUCAUAGUUAUUCUUGAUCAUUAUACUAUUAUGGAGGAAAAUUCCAGCCCUGACAGGACCUAUACAUACAGUUUCAUCAUAGUCAUUCUUGUAUAGUUAUUCUUCUAUAUACUUCAUAGUUAUUCGUGAUCAUUAUACUAUAAUGGAGGGAAAUCUCCAGCCCUGGCAAACCUAGGCAUACAGUUUAGCUCCGUUCGACGGUUCACGCAAUAGGCCAGAUAGUACCGCAUUGUUCCACUGUUUCACAAUAGAUCUGUGGUGAAAGAGGAACAACUUGUCGUGAACAUUCUUGAUCUUACAAAAAAAGGGGGCGGAGGCGGAGGUGUACACUGGAGACACGCCCACUGUUUUGAUUCAACUUUGGACUGAACCAUUCUCGGGAAAUGUGUGAUAUUAAAAUAAUCAGCAUUUCCCUUCAAUCAGUGUUGCUGCACAACUGGAAUGAACGUAAUGUCUUUGAAUUCUCUUUCGUUCGCUUAGAAAUGCAAGUUGAAACCAAAAUCCCCGGCUGUUAUACCCGGUCCGGACUGUCAUUGGUCCGAAUGGUUUGGACCGUUUUUAAACUCCAGCGCGGAUGUUGUUUUAUCGUCCGCCUCAAACAUCCCAAGUUAAAUCCCAUGUUGACGUUACACCUCAACCUCUGACUUCCCCUUAAAUGUAUAAGUGUAAUUUCCAUGGUUUGAUUGUUGAUUAGAUCCAUUCCUCUGAAAGCCAGUAUUUGAGCCUGUUGCAGCCGCGAUGCCGAAUCACAGAGAGGAACAGGCAGACGAGCCCACGGACGUCCCCCGCCUGGAGGAGCUCCAGUCCCCGACAGGCAGCCCACCCCAGAACGUCUCCAUGUCCCAUCUGAUGGAAUUACAGAAUUGCGUUUCAAACCUCUGCCUCGCACACGAAAUCGUUGUCAACCAAGACUUCCGUUUCAAAUCCUCCAGCCCGCCCAAGGACAGUCUGGAGGGCCGGGUGGCGGAGAUGGUGCACCGGGCCUUCUGGGACGUCCUGCGGGAGCAGCUGGAGAGCAGCCCGCCCGACCACCGCCAGGCCGUCCCGCUGCUCCGGGAGGUGAAGACGAUGCUGCUGUCCCUGCUGCUGCCCGCCCACGUGGGGCUGCGGGCCCAGCUGGACCGGGUCCUGGACCUGGAGCUGAUCCAGCAGCAGGUGGACCACGGGGCCCUGGACCUCCAGCGGCUGGCCGCCUUCAUCACCUCCACCAUGGCCGGCCUGUGCGCCCCCGUCCGGGACCCCGAGAUCCGGGCGCUGAGGCUCCUCACCGACCCCGUGGACCUCUUCAGGGAGGUGCUUCGGGUGCUGGAGCUGAUGAAGAAGGACAUGGUGAACUUCACGCUGCUCAGCCUGCGGCCGCACCUCGCCCAGCAGGCCGUCCCCUACGAGAGAGCCAAGUUCCAGGAGCUCCUCCGCAGAGAGCCCGGUUCUCUGGACCACACCACCUCCUGGCUGCAGAGGGCCGCCCAGGAGCAGCGGGCCGCGCUGCCCCCUGGCCCCCCUGGCUCUGACCCGGGGGGCCGGGGGGCCCUCAGCCCCUCAGCCGUCCUGAACCGGGCCUACAUGGGUCUGCUUCACUGGGACCCCCAGGACCAGCGCUACCCUGAGACUAUGCUCAUGGACAGAGACCGCUUGGACACGCUGGGUCAGAGAGUAGACCUGCUGGCGCUGCAGGCUGCAGUACUGCUGCUGACCAGCGCCCAGUGCGGGGGCGCUGUUCUCUCCCUGCCCGGGUUUGUAGGUAAACUCAAGCAGACCACCGCUGCCCUGCUGGAGGGCAGCCAGGCCAGGGAGGACGACCUGAAGGGGGCGCUGCAGGCUGUCGGGGAGCAGGUGCUGGUCCUGGUGGCCCCGGCCCUGGAGGCCCUGGACGGGCCCCCGCUGUCCCGGCAGGGCCAGGACGCGCUGAGGGGCCAGAUAGCAGACCUCUGGAGACCAUCCAACCCCAUCCGGACCCUCAUAGGGGAGCGAGUUCAGGGUUUCCUGCGGGCGACGCUGGAGGCCGGCCCCCCCGGCAGGAAGGCCCCGCCCCCCCCCGCCGUCCUGGGCGCCCAGGGGCCCGAGCUGGAGGAGCUGGGGGCCCGCUUCAGCCGGCUGGUCCACUUCAACCGGUCGGUGUUCGGCCCCCGCUACGCCCCCGUCCUCAGGGGGCUGCUGUUCCCCCCCGGGGGGGAGGAGGAGGGCGGGGAGGUGGGGCGCUAG